UGUUCACACAAAUAUUAAUAGAACAAUCCUUUACACAUAUAAAUCAUGACAGAAAGUAUUGAGAUGCGCGAAUCCCAAGUCGAAUUGGCUUCAGACGCAAAAUCCAAGAAUCAUGACGUAAACGGUGACACCUUGUCGAUUCAGUCAGCCGGUGCUGACGCGUUGAAUACAGAGAUCACACACGGAUCGGGUAUACUUGGAACUGUCAUGAAUAUGACUAACACCAUUAUCGGAUCCGGGAUUUUGUCCAUUCCAUAUUCAACUGCGCAAGUCGGGUGGGUCCUUGCGCUUGUGAUCAUGUUUUUUGGCGCAACUCUGACAAUGUUCGGACUGCAUCUGCUCAAUAAUAUAGCAGAUCGCAUGGGAGGUAGGAAAACAUCUUUUGGCGAUGCCUGUCGUCAAUCGUACCCGUGGUUAGUUCUCGUGGCCGAUUUGCUUGUAUUCUUUACACUAUGGGCAGUAGCAGUUAUAUACAUGACGAUUGCGUCGGGCAUUCUCCCCGAUGUGAUGCGAGCAUUCAUUGGUGACGAUGUCAGUGCUGACGUCUUCUACCUACAGACAUGGUUCUGGCUGCUAAUCUGCUGGGGUUGCUUUGCUGCACCCCUGUCUAUGCUCAAGUCACUCUGGUUCCUUGCUUAUACAUCGACGGCGGCUGUAAUCUGUGUACUGUGGACCGCAUUUGUUGUGUUCGCCUAUAGUGUGGAUAUCUUCGAUCCUUGUGAUGGAAAGUCAAUUGACUGUCAAGGCGGUGUGGAGGCAGUUAUCUGGGAUUUCGGUGCGAUCAUGCGCGCCUUCCCUGUUUUCGUACUCGGAUUCUGUGUAGGCCCAGUUCUAUUCAACAUCUACAACGCGAUGGACCGCCAGACCGCGAAGCGCAUGGACAUAUCCGCUGGCUGUACCAUCUCUCUUGUUACCGUCUUGUAUGUGGUCAUCGCCCUCUGUGGCUACUUUACCUAUGGUGCGAAUGUCGGAUCCAAUAUUCUUGAUUCGUACCCCCUUUCGGUGCCCGCGUCCAUUGCUCGUCUCGGUACGGCAUUUGUAGUCACGGUGUCUUAUCCCUUGCUGAUGCACGCAUCUCGUGACUCCGUCAUUCACGCUUGCGGAACUGUUGUUGUUAUGUGCGGGAAGAAAGAACAGGGCGUUGCUCUUACGGACAGCAGCACCACUAGUGGAAACAUCAUGUUCUACAUUAUGGCAACUAUCUUGAAUAUUGUUGCCUUCGCAUUUGCGUACUUUCAGAUUGAUAUCAACAUGCUACUGUCUAUUACCGGAGCGAUAGGAACGGUCAAUCUGAGUUUCACACUCCCGGCUGCAAUUUAUUGGAAGAUGUUCGAGGAGGACGGUAUGUCACUUCGCCGUAUCCUCUGCAUACCGUUCGGCAUCUUCGGAGUAGUUGCCAUGUGCAUCAGUGUGUGGGCCAACUUCUUCUAAGUUCAUUUUUAAUAGAACAUAUAAUCUAAUUAAUCAAGCUAGCAUCUAUCAUCAUCAUAAUCUUGAGCAGGAUAGAUAACAUAGUUAAAAAAACAGUACACUUUCAAUUAAAAGCGCGUAGUUCAAACCUG